UGUCCAAAAGUUUCUAAACAUCCUCAAGCAUCACGACCAGCCGGGUUGAAUGAAGCACCUUGCCCUGAAGGUUACACUAAGUUCUGUGAAACCUGCUACAAGGCGUUCAACACCCUGGCAAACUUCGGGGAGUCGGCCCUGCACUGUCGCGUCGAUGGCGGUACCCUUGCCAUGCCCCGAGACGCUGCCACAAACGCCUUUCUCGUCUCUCUGAAGAACGCAAUCGACGAAAAAUCCAACUUCUGGUUUGGUCUCCAUGAUCGGCGCAAAGAAGGAAGCUUCGAGUGGAUCGAUGGAACUGGACUUGAAAGCUACAACUACUGGGCUCCGGGAGAACCAAAUAAUAACGGCUUCGACGAAAACUGUGCUCACUACUUCACGUCAACCGGAAGAGAUUCUGUAUAUUCAAACUACUGGAAUGACGAAAGCUGUGACUUCGUUUCACCCUUCAUAUGCCAAGUGGCACCAGGACGUCAAUAAGCGUAAGGCCAAGCUCUCACCACGAAAGUUUAACAUCAUCAAAGUUCAAGAGGCGACAGGUAACUUAUAAGAUCUUACUUCAAAGUAAAU